GGCGUCGACGGCUGUCAUCGGCAGCAGCAGAAGUAGGCAACGAUCCGAUAGCCGAUGCUAUCGCCUCCUCCUCCCCCACCUCCUCGUCGCUCUCAUUAUCAUCUCUAUCAUCCGCCGCAGUCUCGCGGGCGGGGUUCGGAAGAGGGGGGGGUGCAGGUCCGGAGGCGCCGUACGAGUAUAUGUCGGCGUGCGUGGCCGUCCCGGCCUGCAAUGGCACCACGUACCCCAACCCUUACGUGUACAAGGCGUCCAGCGCUUGCGCGUGCUGCCCGCCCGUUAUUGUCACGCUCGAACUCUCCUCGCCGUCCGAUCAACUCGGCAAUCCGCGAAUCACGCCGUCCGUUGCGGACUCGCUCGAUUCUCACGUCGAAUCCAUUCUAGGGCUCUCCAGCGGUCAGGUGUCCCUGUUUCGCGUGAACAGCGCCGACACGUCUGACACCGCCACGUUCCUCGUGUUCCGCAAUGACACGCUGGCGUGGAGCGGCGUUGACGUGGCAGAGAUGGUGAACCGCCUGCGCAACAACUCUGCCUUCGCCGCCCCUGAGUUCGCCUCCGCUGCUCUCUUGACUGCUGCGGCUGGCACGCCCUCUAACGUCGCCACCGCUCCCAGCAUGUAUUACCCGCCAGGGCAGCCCAUUCCGCCUCUACUGCUCGCCUCGCCAACAGCUCCUUCAGCCAAUAGCACCACGAGCAGCACCAGCGACAGCAGCAGCAGCAGCAGCGAGCCCAAGUGGUGGACCAUUCUCCUCAUCGUGCUGGCAGUCAUUUUCACCGGUGCUGCGCUGGCAGCCGCUGGGUUCACUUGGUACCGGGCCAAGCUGGCACGGGAGCUGCUGCUGCGGCAGAAGGCACUGGAGGAGGAGCAACGCAAGGAGAAGGAGAAGGAGAAGCAGGAGGAGGAGAAGGAGAAGGAGAAUGGCGAGGAGCCUGGGUCGCUCAAGAAGGACGAGAGCCGAUCCAUGCGGAAAACCAAUAGCAUGUCAGCAUCACAGUCCAAGGCGCGCAGCCAGUCGGACUUCGGAUUGAAGGUGCAGGAGAACUUCGUGAAGGCGCUGGCUUUGGAGGAUGUGAUUCGCGCGACGGACAACUUUGCGAGCGACAACGAGCUGGGGUCGGGCGGGUACGGCACUGUCUACAAGGGCGUGGCUCCGGGCGGCACGCUGUGGGCUGUGAAGCGCGCCAAGAACGCGAAUGAGGAGGGCAUUGAGGACUUUCAGAACGAGGUGGACGUGAUCAGCAAGAUGUCUCACCGCAACCUCGUGCGUUUGCUGGGCUACUGCGAUGAGAAGGGCGAGCAAAUUCUCGUGUACGAGUUUGUGGCCAACGGCACUCUCAGGCAGCACAUUCGCCCCAGCAACCCGACCAAGCGGCCGUUGACAUUUGAGCAGCGGCUGGAGAUAGCGGUGGGGGCGGCAGAGGGCCUCAAGUAUCUGCACAGCGCGGCAGAGCCGGCUAUCAUCCACCGUGACAUCAAGUGCGAUAACAUCCUGCUGGAUAACGACAUGAUGGCGAAGGUGGCAGACUUUGGCGUGUUCAAGAAGAGCGGCAGCAACAAGCCGGGUGACGAGAUGAACACGCGGGUGGUGGGCACUCCAGGCUAUGUGGACCCCGAGUAUUACCAGACGUACAAGGUCACCACCAAGAGCGAUGUGUACAGUUUCGGAGUGGUGCUGCUGGAGCUCAUCACAGGCCGCCCGCCCAUCAUGGAGGACCCAUCAGUGGAGAACGAGUCAUACAUGGUCACGCUCUCGCGAUGGGCCACACCCAAGAUAGCAGCAGGCAAGGUGGAGAGCAUAUUGGACCCGCGCCUCACAGGCGCCUACCCGCGCCAGGCGCUCAACAUGCUCGCAGCCGUCACCGCCAUGUGCGUGCGCCGCCUCGGCCGUGACCGCCCCGAGAUGGCCGAGGUCGCCACCCGCCUCGCGGAAAUCAAGUACUUCUUAAAGCCCUCGUCCGGGAUUCUCGAGCCGGUGAUGAAUCUGUUCCCGGACGACGAUUUGGAGGACCGGGAGGAUAAUCUGAUGGAUAUUGCGGAGGACGAGGAGGAGGAUUAUGACCACGUGCCUGAGUAUAUUCCUGGCACGUCCACCGGGGUGAAUCCGUACACGAGCGCGGAUAUUGCUGCGCCGGUGUCCAUGGUGUUUAGUGAUAGAUAA